UCAUAUGACGUCAAAAUGGGAAAAGAUGAUGCAGCUUCAUAUAUAAUAGCUGAUGUUAAACCGGCAUUUGUGUUAAUGCAGAAGCCACACAUGGUAGAUUUAAGUGGGAUCACCAAACCGAUGAUGAAAAUCUCACCAGAAUAUUUCAGUUCGAUGUGCGUGGGGGCAGUCCCAGUACAAACAUUAGGUGCAGUAGAAAGUAUAACAAACGAUAGGAGAGAGCGUGGCGGUGAAGCAAGAUCAGUUCUGUUCGGGGAGCAGUGUUCGGAAACGAGUCACAGCACGCCGCAGUCGGAGCGGGAGGACAGCGUGUUCCACAAGGUACCGAGGUCGUAUGCCAAGGGGCGGCGAAGGGUGGGGAAGGAGAAGCCCAAGUACUCGUGCGAGGUGUGCUUGAAGACGUUCACGCAGCUGGGAAACCUGUGCAUCCACCAGCGCAUCCACUCGGGCGACCGCCCCUUCCGCUGCACCUUCUGCCCCAAGACGUUCACGCAGCUGUGCAACAUGUGGAAGCACGUUCGCACGCACACGGGCGAGAAGCCAUACUCGUGCCUCGUCCACCGAGGGCGGCACACAGCGAGGGACAGACGUCAGAUGGGGAUGCCAGUGUGGCUGGUGCUGGCGGCCGUGUGCUGGCCGGCGCGAGGCGGGGUGCUCUACCCCCAGCAGUCGGAGACUCGGGAGGUGAAGACCUUGGACGGCAUCUGGAGGUUUCGCACGUCCCCGCCCGGUGACCAGGAGGCCGGCUUCACGCAGAGCUGGUACGCCUCUGCGCUGGACCAGUGGAUCAACAUGCCCGUCCCGGCCAGCUACAACGACGUCACAGUGAACGCCAGUAUCCGCGACUACGUGGGCUGGGUCUGGUACCAGCGGGAGUUCUUCGUGCCUGGACGCUGGAAGGAAGAUGGCCUCAGGGUCUUCUUACGUUUCAGCAGCGUGCACUACAAUGCAGUCGUGUGGCUGAACGGGGCAGCGGUGGCGGAGCACUCCGGGGGUCACCUGCCCUUCGGGGGAGAGGUGACUGCGCACUUGCGGUACGGCGCCCCCAACCUCCUGACGGUCGCCGUCAACAACACUCUCACCCAUCACACCAUCCCGCAGGGCUCCGUCACCCACUCCAACGACACGGACAAGUACCCAGAAGGCUACGUGAUAAACUCGUACAGCUUCGACUUCUUCAACUACGCCGGGAUACACCGCCCCGUGUACCUGUGCACCGUGCCACAGACGUACAUUGAUGACAUCACAGUCGUCACCGAGGUGUCCAAUGGAACAGGACUCGUCAAGUACGAAGUGACACACAGUCUGAGCGACAAGGAGACGGACGGCGGUAGCUCGCGCUGCGCGGUGCAGCUUCUGGACGGGAGGUCUGUCGUGGCUGCGGAGACGCGGGGAUGCACGGGAGAGAUUGCCGUGCCCAAUGCCAAGCUGUGGUGGCCGGUGUACAUGCAUGAGUCCCCGGGACAUCGCUACACGUUCCUGGUACGUUUGGUGUCUACAGCAAAUGUCACUGAAGAUGUCUACCGUCUUUCAGUAGGAAUUCGAUCUUUGCGCUGGAAAAAUGGGAAGUUCCUUAUAAAUGAUCGACCAGUUUACCUUCGAGGUUUUGGAAAGCAUGAGGACUCAGACAUCCGCGGCAAGGGCCUGGACCUGCCCCUUGUGACCCACGACUAUAACCUCAUAGACUGGCUGGGGGCCAACUCCUUCCGCACAUCCCACUACCCGUACGCGGAGGAGAUCAUGGAGAUGGCAGACACGCUGGGCAUCAUGGUGGUCGACGAGUCCCCGGCAGUCAACCUGGAUAUCUUCGACGAGGUGCUGCUGGAGAAGCACAAAGCAGUGAUGAAGGAGCUGGUGCAGCGAGACAAGAACCGUGCGUGCGUGGUGAUGUGGUCGCUGUCCAACGAAGCUCGGACCCAGCAGCAAGCGGCGGGGCCGCACUACAAGGAGGUGGCAAAUUUUACAAGAUCGCUGGAUGCAUCACGACCAAUUGCUUUUGUCACCAACCAACAAUACGACAAAGAUCAAGCAGCUGAGUUUGUCGACAUCAUCGGCGUGAACCGCUACAGUGCCUGGUACCAAGACACGGGCCGUGUGGAAUUGAUAGUGCGGCAGGUCGUGUCCGAUUUUUCCGAGUGGCACAACCGUUUCAGCAACAAGUUCAUAUUCAUUAGCGAGUAUGGCGCAGAUGCCAUUUCAGGCCUGCACACGCUGCCGUCGUUCGUGUGGACCGAGGACUACCAGGUGGAGCUGUUGCAACGCCACUUCCAGGCCUUCGACAAGCUGCGGCAAGAAGACUUCUUCAUCGGCGAGAUGAUCUGGAACUUCGCAGACUUUGCUACUCGCCAAGAUACCACACGAGUAGUUGGCAACCACAAAGGCGUCUUCACCCGCCAGCGGCAGCCGAAAGCCUCGGCGUACACUCUGAGGACGCGCUACAGGCAGCUCGCCUCGAAGAUUGACGCCUUCAGCUGGCCCCAGGAGCUGCACUCGGAACUGUAGCCGGCGCUUUCCGUUUGUUCUGUGCAUUUAUUAGUGUGUGAUAGCUUGGGUUGCAAUAAAGUAUUGGUGUGUUACUAAUCUUAGGUGUGCUAUUGAACAACCUGAACUUGUUCUCUUGUGUAGUAUAAACCCAGUUUUUCAUUUAACGAGUGUUUUAUUGUAAUUAUUGUAAUGAUAACCAUGAAGAUACAUAAUACACAGCUACAGUAGAAUCCCAAUAAUCCGAACUAAUUGGGACCGAACCCUGUUCGGAUUAACGAAAAUUCGGAUUAGGCGGGAUUUUGUCAUUUAAUGCCAUAUAUUUAUUGUCUUUUUGAGGCGUAUUUAGUGUCUGAUGUCAAAUAUGUACCAGGUUGCGAAAAUGCAGAAGAGUGUGUUGAAAAGUGGACGGCCAUUGACGACUGUGGCCACAGAUGAAGAUAUCGUAGCAGCUGUGCAGGAACGUCAACUGAUCUCGAUGCAGACAACAGUGAGGAGGAAGGGAACGCGCCGACGGAUGUUGUUUCUCACACUGCCGCAGCCAGCGCCCUUGAUCCGGCUUUACGUCGAGCAACAUGCCAAUGCAACCCCAACAGAUGUUAUGUUUAUGCGGCGUUGGCGAAAUAUUGCAUCUUCAAGCCGAUUUAGUGCAUUGCGUCAAAGGAAUAUUACUGAUUUUGCCUCUUAGAUAAUGGUUUGAUUUUUUACGUUUUGUUUUGUGUCAAUCCUGUAAAUAACAUGAAUUCUACAUAUAGUAUGUAAGUAAAUUCAAAAAUUUUCAAUACGUACAUAUGUAUUUAAGUACUAAGUAUGUACGUUAUCUUUUUUUUUCUCUUUUCAGUUAGUGAAAUAGAUAAAUUAUAAGUUUAUUAUGUACAUAUUAAUAAACGUACGACAUUACUUGAAAAAA